ACUUGAUUAAAAUCAACGAGAUAGGAGGAGGACAACCCACCCAGGCAGGCAGUAAUAUAGUCGGGCAGCUUUCUUUCUUUCCUCCCUCUGAGAAUGGUGAAAGGCAUUUGUGCCCGUGGGUGGAGAAAGUUUUGAGCAACAAGGAUUUAUUCGUCUUUAUGGCCCGGGAUAGGCUCAUGUCCCACUUUGCGUCUUACUUACUCCUAGUCAAUCUCUUCUACCUCUGGCAGAACUACUGCGCCUUUUCUGCUCGACUUGUUCACGAAAUUCGACGGCCUUACAUCACUUUUUUUAAAAAUAGUAGACUAGUUUGGUAGCUAGCUAGAUAUAUAGAGCAUUCUACCACUACGGACUAUUAGUCUUAAUUUUUGGGGUUGUUCAGACGACGCUUAUUAAUGAUUUCGACGAAUCCGCCUCAAUUUACUGAGCUGGACAAUACAUUUAAAACCAGGAGCCUAUCUCAGUUAGCUGACGAUAGAAGAAUGCAUACGGCUAGUGGAGUCUACUCCCUUUUUCGGGGAUGGUUUUCUCUGGACCAUGGGGUCCACAGGAUACACGACAUUCCCUUCCAAAUGAAGGUGGACAAUGUGAGUUUGGUGGAACGCUUCAGCUCCCGUCGGAACGCGGUGGGGUCCCUGUACUUGACUGCGACCCACCUUAUCUAUGUCGACCAUGAUAAUAAGAGGGAAACAUGGAUUCUUCACUCUCACAUUUCCAGUGUGGGGAAACUCCCUUUGUCCACGACCGGCUCACCGUUACAAAUCCGCACAAAAACGUUCAUUUCGAUGACGUUCAUUGUGCCCAAGGAGAGAGACGCACACGAUCUGUUCACAUCGCUUAAUAAGAUGUGCCAACCUGAAAACAUUGAAGAUCUGUACUGCUUCCGAUACAAUAUUGGACCGGAUGAAAUGGAAAAGUCGUAUGGCUGGUCAUUUUUCAAUAUUCGGGAAGAUUUCGAGCGCAUGAAUGUGCCUCCUGAGUCGUGGACCAUGACCACUCUUAACAAAGAUUAUGAUCUCUGUGAUACUUAUCCGCGGCACCUGUUCGUACCAACAGCUGCAGCCACGUCAGUCCUCAUCGGGUCGUCGCGAUUUCGCAGUCGGGGUCGACUCCCCGUCAUGACUUACAUGCAUUCCAACAAGGCCGCACUAUGUCGAUGCAGUCAACCUCUCUCCGGAUUUAGCGCACGUUGCGUGGAAGACGAAAACCUGUUCAUGUGCAUUCAAAAAGCGAAUCCGAAUACCGCCCAGUUAGUCGUCGUCGACACGAGGCCGAGAAUUAACGCCAUGGCGAAUCGAGCAGCUGGAAAAGGUUACGAGAGUGAGGCCAACUAUGAAAACACGCGAUUUAUGUUCACCGGAAUUGAUAACAUUCACGUUAUGCGAUCCAGCUUGGCAAAAGUGGUGGAAACUUGCGACCUCAAGUCUCAGAUGAUGUCCGCAUUUCUUAACGGAUUGGAAGGAAGCGGGUGGUUGAGACACACAAAGUCGGUCAUAGAUGCUGCCUUAUCUGUUGCCAGAACGUUGGAGGAGGGCUCAUCAGUUCUGGUCCAUUGCUCUGAUGGAUGGGACCGAACAGCACAAGUUUGUGGACUUGCUCAAAUAAUGCUAGAUCCUUACUAUCGUACCUUUGAUGGGUUCCAAGCGCUCAUUUGUAAAGAGUGGUUGGAAUUUGGUCAUAAAUUCAGUGAUCGAAGUGGACAUAUUCAGGUCGAUCCGAAAGAAGUUUCUCCAGUCUUUACGCAAUGGUUGGAAUCUGUUUGGCAACUGAUUCAACUCUAUCCUUUCGUUUUCGAAUUUAAUGAACGUCUCCUGCUCACAAUUCAUGACCAUUUACACUCGUGUCAGUUUGGAACCUUUAUUGGAAACUGUGAAAAGGACAGGAUUGAUCUUAGAGUGUCAGAAAAGACCUAUUCUCUGUGGGGAUAUUUAGCAACUCAUAAAACCGAAUUCUUGAACCCACUCUAUCAACUAGAAGAAAAUAAAAAGUGUGUCUUCACCAAACCACAACCUACUUUACAGCUUCCACAAUCAACUUCACAACCUCCACAAUCACCUUCACAACCUCCACAAACUUUUAAAUUUUGGAGAGGAAUGUACUGCCGAUGGGAGAAUGGGCUGCACCCAAGAGAGUCAUUGAUGGACUUGGCAACGUCCUACAAGGACCACAUGCACUCCCUGAAUGACCACAUAAAACUCCUCAAAAAGCGAAUCAGACACCUCGAGAAGAAGAGCAGUGAUGACGCCGAUAUCCCGUACAUUAACGGAAAUAACACAGAAUUGCAACUGGACGACAAUCGUCUCAACUACAAGAAAGGGUUAAAUGAGCAGGUUAAUCUAAAAGUACAACUUCAGGAGAAGGAUGUUAAUGAGCACCCAUUGAUCGACGGGGAGAAUGCUUGGAGUAAGAAAGAGGCAGUAGUCAGCAAGCCUAGCCAUCCCCUGGAAUUUGCAUCCGAACAAUUUUACCCAGGGCUUUCCGAGGCCGAUAUUACGAUAGAAGAUUUAACGGAAGAACUCGAAUCCAUCGCAUUAGAUUGGAAAUCUGUCAGGACGGCGACAGAGUGUCCUUGUUCUACACCACUCGACUUUUCCUCCUUCAAGAGACAUUGCUCCAGAUGUGGUGGGAUCUUCUGUUCUCGCUGUCUCGAGAAAUUGGUGUCACUCCCUGGACACGUUACGCUUCAACAGUCUCGUGUUUGCAUGGUUUGCUACAAGGCGUGUUUUCCAAAAUCCAUGGAGUCGCCGGAAUGAUUCCUUCACUGCAUCAUAAUCUGUGAUUGAUUAUCUUUUCAUGAAAAUGUGGAAGCUUAGCCAGCUCAAGGAUACACUUUUCGUUAAUUUGCCAACAAGAAAAAAUGUGAUUAUAAUAUUUCAAAUUUUUCAGUUGGACUUAAAUUAUGUAUGUGUGGUUUAUAUGAGCAGCAAGUUAAUUGCCAGUUUUUAUGAAUUCCCUAGUGCUUAGUUCGUAUUAAUUAAAUAUUUUGCAUUCAAAACUAAGUAAAUUUUUUCAAUAAUAUUCUUCCCUUUAUUCCUCUUUGUUUAUCAGAAUUUUCGUAAAUUUGUCAUAAUUUAUAUAAAAUGAACAAGUAUUCCAUUCAAAAAGAUAAUAAUAAGUAAGAUAUUUUAAUGUCCACUUUAUAACAUAGUAAUAAUGAUCAGCAAUGACUAAAUAUGUAAUAAUGCUGCUAAGACUUGCAAAUCGCUAUAUUGAGCAUUCGCUACAAGAAAUAAAGGGCAAAUCAAAAACUAA